AUGAGAAAAAGGGUAUAUCUAGGACAAGUGGAGCAGUGGCAUCACUGCAUCAGCACCACUGUUGCUCAACCAUUUGUUACUGUUAGACAUGGAACUAUCAAGAAGCAAGCUACCAAGCUCAGAGAGCAAGUUGCCAAGCAACAGCAAGCAGUACUUCGGCAUCUUGGCCAUUUUAGUAAUGAAGACAUAACAGUCGAUGAAGCUGAGCUUCAAUGUCAUCAAAAGCUGCAAGAUUUAUACAUUUCUACAAAGGCAGCUAAGCAUUUGCAGCGGAAUAUUGUCCGUGGCAUAGAAGGUUUUAUUGCAACAAGCUCAAAGCUGCUAGAAAUAGCUAGGAAGUUGGCUGAUGAUUGUUGCAAAUACGGAGCUGAGAGCACCACUGAUUCUUCUCUUGCAAGAGCUGCCCUUCAGUUUGGUAAGUCACAUAAAUUGAUGGAAGAUGAAAGGGAGACCUUGCUUGGGAUCCUUGGUGAACAGGUUUCUGAGCCAUUACGGGCAUUAAUUACAGGUGCUCCGGGAGAUGCUCGGCACUUGACCCACCGUUAUGACAGACUCCGCCAAGAGGUUGAAGCUCAGGCAGCAGAUGUAUUAAGGCGGACAUCAAAGACCAGGGAAUCUGAUAUAUCUGCAGAAAGCUACAUGAAGCUUAAACAAGCAGAAGCAAGAUUGACUGAACUUAAAGCCUCAAUGAUGGUACUAGGAAGAGAAGCAACUGCUGCCAUGUUAUCGGUUGAGGAUCAGCAGCAAAAGAUUACUUUUCAGCAGCUUCUUGCUAUGGUUGAUGCUGAAAAAUCUUAUCAUCGACGUAUUCUUGCUAUUUUGGAAAAGCUAUAUGCUGAGAUGAUUCUGGAGGAGCAGUCGAAUGAGUCAUUGAACUCAGUGACUUUGCAGAGAGAGGUGAAUGUUGCCCUUGCAGAUGAUCACACUUGUUCAAAUGGAUCUAAGGCUCAGAUAACCAAUCAAAGCGAUGUAUAUUUCAUAGCAAAGGUUGUGCACCCAUUUGAUGCUCAAGCCGAUGGGGAGUUAAGCUUAGCAGUUGGUGAUUAUGUUGUGGUUCGCCAGGUGGGUCCUACUGGAUGGUCUGAAGGAGAAUGCAAGGGCAAGGCUGGGUGGUUUCCCUCUGCUUAUGUAGAAAGACAAGAGAAAGCACCAGCAAGCAAGAUAAGUGAAGCAAACUCGGCAGCCUGAUCGUUGAAGCCAUGGUGACUAGUGUUAAAAGUUGUACAUGCCCCAACUCCUUUGUUAUGGUCAACAGUGCCCUUGUAAGUAAUUACCAAUUACUGGGUGGGUACGAAAAUGGCAUAUGUAUGCGAGCGAUGUAUAUUCUUUUUGUGUGCUAUGUGAGUUGUGCGGUAAAUAAUCACACUUAUGAUUCAGUUUUGUCAAGACCACCCCUUUAUAAUGAAUUGAGGUGGGGAAGGUGAAUUUAUUGCAAAUAACCGGAGUGUAAGGAUCAUGUUGGAGGUCAAA